CCUAUGAUUCAAUCUCCCACUCAAGGCUCUGGUGGGAACUGACACAGAUUGGAGUGCCAGGUUCAGUGCUUGAGCUCCUCCAGGAGCUGUACAGGGACACAACGGUUGUGGUGGAAUGGGAGGGCAUGAACACUCAACCAAUCCCAGUGACAAGAGGCUUGCGACAAGGAUGCCCCCUUUCCCCUCUCCUGUUCAUGUUAUAUAUGUCUAGAUGGGAGACAGAACUGGAGGAGUGUGGGAGAGGCCUCAACCUGUCUUACAUGGAAAAUGGGCAAAUGGUGAGACAACAUCUUCCAGGACUAUUUUAUGCGGAUGAUCUGGUGCUGACAGCGGGCACCUGUGAAGAGAUGCAACAGCUGCUGGACAUAUGCACAAAACAAGGGGACAGACUGGGCCUAAAGUUCAGCUCCCGUAAGUGCAAAGUGCUGAAGUGGGGGCCUACAGAGAAUGUAGAGGGGGCUUUGGACACACCGCUUGUACUGCAGGGGGAGACUGUGCAGUGUGUCACGGACUACAAGUACUUGGGUGUACACCUGUCCACGGGUAGGAACUACAUCCAAGCACAUGAAUCGGCUGUCCGAGCAAAGGCCAUGAGGGGAAAGGGAGUGCUGGCAGCAACGUCCAUGUGGGCUUUCGACCGCUACGAAGUUGCUCGUAGCCUGUGGAAGAUGGUGAUGGUGCCCGGACUGACUUUUGCGAAUCGGGUGCUGUGCACGUCGUCUCAGACUCGGGAGUUCCUAGAGGUUAGACAGCGGGAGGCGGGACGGAUGGCACUCGGGGCACACAGGGGGACUCCGAACGAAGGGGUGCAGGGGGACCUCGGAUGGUCUGCUUUUGAGUCGAGGGAAGCGGUGGCUAAGCUGUCUUACGAGAGGCGUCUUUGCGGCCUCGGAGAGGAGCGAUGGGCCAGGAGGGUGUUUAAGUACCUCGUGUACAGGAGUGUAAACACGCGCCUGACCAAACGAGUGGCCAGGCUCGCGGGGAAGUAUGAGGUACCACCGACCCUGCUGGACGGCCGGCCGCUCCGAGAGGGGGUUGCGGACCUCAAGAAGCACGUGCGGCAGGUCGAGACGCGAACGUGGACGGAGUCGGCCACACGAAAACCAUCAAUGACUGUGUAUGCGGCCUCGAAGCGGGCGAUCGAGCGGGAGCAGCUGUAUGAUGACUCCAGGGGCAGCGGCUUGCUUUUCGAGGCACGAACGGGGACCCUCAAGACCAGGCUGUGGAGAUCGCGAUAUGACGCUGGGGCCCCAAUCGCCUGCGUCGCCUGCGGAGCAGCAGAGGAGACAACCGAACAUCUGGUGCUGCAGUGCAAGGUCCUCAGCCCGUGCCCCCAGGUGGACCAUCUGCCGGACGCGCUGGGCUUCCGGACGGCGGAGCGGGGGGAUGACGGCGAGGAACACGUCGAGACCACCAAGCGCCGACUGGAGCAGUGGUGGGAGAUUUCCUGGCGGCUGUGGAAGAGGGAGAGGCGAGCUGGGCCGGACGUGCAAGCGCAAGCCGGACAACCGAUGUUUUCCGCCCAGGUCGACCUGCCCCACACCGUGGACCCGACCGAAGCUCCACCACAACAAGAACUCGGCUAG